CAGGGCGCCAGUGGCCCGAGCUUUGGCGCUCCGUUCGGAAUAAUAGCCGGACCGGAUAGCCUGCACGGGCCUCAACGACUAGGUAGGCUGGUAGGUCCCGGAAAAUAAUAGUUCACUGAUCCCGUCUCCGAACGGGCUUCACUGAUUUGCACGGCGCGACUUGGUUAGUGUGUACGUUUGGUCACUGCCACUUUCCGCUCUCUCCUCCCGGUUUAUUUUCAGCUUGUAUACCACAUAUGGCCAUUAUAUCAUGAUAUGACAAGGUUAACUUGAAAUAUCAAGUUGCAAGAAACACAUCAGGCACUUUUAGCUUCGGUGAUCAACACCCUCAAGAUGCCGUCCACGAAGAGCCCCAAGAGCCCUUCGUCCAAGACCCCGGAACCCCUGUCUCCCACUGGGAGCGGCAACCGGGAGACAGCCGGGGAAGGCAGUCGAGAAUCCGCCGCCCAAGAGAACUCCCCGUCGCCUUCGCCCUCCAAUUCCCCUUGCUCGUCGGCAUCAAACGAGAACAAUGACCCGGCAGACAACCACGAGGCGGAGUCUCCCGAGCAGCAGCAGCAGCAAGCCCCCACAGCCGAGAGCGCCACUUCUGCCACGGCCCCUCCUCCCCUCCCAAACGAGCCCCUCCCCAAAUUCGACGCCGCCACUUCUUCUUCCGCCGCCCCUCCCCUCCCAAGCGAGCCCCUCCCCGAGCCCGAGGACGACGGCUGGGAAUUCCACUGGGUGCCAGCGAGCAGCAGCUACUGGUUCCACAACCGCUUCACGGGGGCAUGGCAGCAGGAUAACCCGCGCGUGCCCAGCGCGGCGGCGGCGGCGGCAACGGCUGUAGACGGCAACGCGGUCGCGGGCGCUGCCGUCCACCCCGCCGUCGCGGGGGGCUAUAACCCGGCGAUCCACGGCUCGUACGACCCGGACGCAUGGUACGCGCGGGGGGCCGAGGAGUCGGCGGAGGACGCGCUGCAGGAUCCCGCUGCGGCGGAUGCGGCGGCGGCUGCGGCGCUGUACGCCAGCGGCGGGUUCUUCAACCGGCGGACGGGCCAGUGGCAGGACGAGUCGGGCGAGGCCGCGGGGCCGGAACGGCACUCGGACGAGGCCAAGAGCCGGCGGCAGAUGAACGCCUUCUUCGACGUGGACGCGGCGGCGAACGCGCACGACGGGCGCAGCCUGCGGGCCGAGAGGGCGGGGAAGAAGCCGUCCAAGGCGGAGCUCAAGGCGUUCAAGGAGAAGAGGAGGGCGAAGAAGGAGGAGAAGAGGAGGGCUUGGUUGCGCGAUUGAUUGGGAGAGGGGCCUGCCUGCGUGUCUCUGCGUGGGUUCAUGGGUUUUUUCAACUUUGUGCAUGUAAUGUGUUUGGCUGGUUGUAUGGUUGCUUCAGGUGGCUCGGCAUCGCGUGGUAGAACCUCCUUGGUUUUCGAUUUUUGUAUUUUUCUGUUUUUUAACAACAGGGAUGGCGUCACUGGCGAAGGGGGAGGGAAGCAUCAAAAGGGCCGAAAAAUAUCUGCAUCGGGGUGGAUGGAGAAGAAGUCGUCUAUAACAGCA